UACCAUAAAUUAAGUCACAUGAUAUUGACUUCCGCCUUUACAAAAUGGAGACUCCACUUGUUAUUGGAAUUGUGACUGCUUUUUGGUUCUUCGUUGGGGCAGUUUUACCUGUCCUUUUACAAUUUUUUAUGUGGCGUUCGCCGAAUAAAGGGAUCUACCAAAUUAUGUUAAUUCUCACAGCAGUGUGUUGUUAUAUUUUCUGGUUGACCGCUUAUUUAUGUCAAUUAAAUCCACUAUUUGGACCACAAUUAUCAGUAGAUAUGAUUCGAUUUAUGCAGAUGGAAUGGAAAUAAUGUAAGAAUUAUGAACAAGGAGAGAAUAUAAUGGAAUUCCAAUUAUCUGGUCAUGUCAUGUAACCUAGAAUAAAAUAUUCAUUGUAAAAUAUACUCUUCAAAAAAAAAGGAAACGCAUAGCCCAUUUUUCAUCAUUUUUUAUUUGAACGAUCGUUGUUUCCAUAAAUGUUACUUGUUUUUAAUGUCAUUAUGUAAGGAUAAAAGAAAUUCAUUAUUGGUUUUAAAUGCAAGGUCACUAAUUGUGACUGGUCAUACUUUAUGCCGAAAUUUGCUUUCACUUGAUUGCACCAAGACACAUGUGUUUAACAACUGCCCAAAUCUAAGGAUCUCAGACUGUAAACUCCAACUGUUUUGAAAUACGCCGCCACUGUCAAGUCCGAUUUCAAUGGGUUCAGAUACACAGGGUAUGGCCACAGCAUCGCUGGAGAACAGUUUGGUUCAGCGACGAGUCGCAGUUCCUGUUGCAACGAAGCGAUGGCAGAGCGAGGGUAUACCGACGCCGAAAUAUCACUAUGCCUUUCUUUUUUUUGAAGAGUAUAUAAAAUUAAAAUUUCUAUUUUAUGUAGAGAACUUUUGUUAAUAGAUCUUUAUUUACCAUAUAUUGUAGAGUACUAUUCAUUUAUACACUGAUUGGUGGUAGGGCCUUCCUUGGAUGUCACAGAAAUCUAGCUAUUUUUAUGCAAAAUUUAGCGGUAUGAUUCUGACAGCCAUCAAUUUUAUUAUUUGAACUGUUAUUAAGUAUCCUCAUGACAGAUGAUGUUGAAGAAAUUAAUUAUAAUAUGUACAUGUAUAUAAGAUGUUCUUUAAAUGAUUUAAAUAUCUUUGGUAAUGAAUACAUUUAAAGUACAAUGUAUAUUGAAUGUCUUGUACUAGUGAAUGCAUUUUAUUAUGUGUAAUUAGUAUUGUAUGUGUCAAACAUGGCUGUGACUGACUGUUAAAAAUUUAAUGUCUUUGUGUAUUUAAAACAAAUGUCUUUGUGUAUCUAAAAUAAAGUAUAUCUGAAACCUA